AUGGAUGACCUCUACGAUGAGUUCGGCAAUUACAUCGGCGAAGCCGAGUCCGAUGAGGAGCAGCAGGACCAGGUUCCCCAGGCCUUCAAAUUUGACGAGGCCUUUGAUGAUGAUGAAGAGGAGGAGGAGGAAGUAAAUGAUCAGCAAUUGAUGGAGGUAGACGAGGGUCCCUCGAAUGCGGUCAUUUUACACGAAGACAAGCAAUACUACCCCAGCGCACAACAAGUAUACGGCGCCGAUGUCGAGACUAUGGUUCAAGAGGAAGAUGCGCAGCCGCUGUCCGAGCCGAUCAUCGCGCCUGUUCAAAAGAAGAAAUUUGCGAUUGCAGAAACGGAGCUUCCCCCAGUCUAUUUUUCCCGAGAGUUCAUGUCAGAUUUGCUCAAUUUCCCGGACCAAAUACGAAAUGUUGCCCUGGUGGGUCAUUUGCACCACGGCAAGACAGCCUUCAUGGACAUGCUGGUGCGACAAACACAUGACCUUUCUGCAAGAUUAGAGAAACGCCAGGGCAAGCGCAAGGAGGAGCAGCUCCGGUAUACGGACGUUCAUUUCCUGGAACGGGAGAGAGGCGUGUCCAUCAAAGCAGCGCCAAUGAGCUUGGUGCUCCAAGGAACCAAGGGCAAAUCCCACCUGGUCAAUAUCAUCGAUACCCCCGGCCAUGUGAACUUUGUGGAUGAGGUAGCUGCGUCGAUCCGCCUAGUGGAUGGUGUCAUUCUCGUGGUGGACGUGGUGGAGGGUGUGCAGGCGAACACUGAGCAAAUUGUUCGACACGCGGUUCUGGAAGAUCUCCCUUUGACUUUGGUGGUGAACAAGAUGGACCGUCUUAUUCUGGAACUGAAGCUUCCCCCCAACGACGCCUACUUCAAGCUGAAACAUGUCAUUGAAGAAGUCAACACUCUCAUUGAGAGUAUUGUGCCUGGCCAAGGCGAACGACGACGACUGAGCCCCGAGAAGGGUAACGUCGCAUUUGCAUCUAGUUCUAUGAACUGGUGCUUUACAUUGGAAUCCUUUGCGCGCAUGUAUGCGGACACCUACCCGAAAUUAGAUUCCGCUGAAUUUGCUGCUCGCCUCUGGGGUGAUAUCUUCUACAAUCCUCGGAGUCGGAAGUUCACUCGCAAGGGUGUGGAGGAGAACUCAAAACGAGCCUUUGUGAAAUUCAUCCUAGAGCCUAUCUACAAGCUCUAUUCGCACACCAUCAGUGAGAGCCCGGAGGAUCUGAAGCGCACGCUGGCGAGCGUAGGCGUCUUCCUGAAGCCAUCGCAACUGAAGACCGAUGCCGCUGAACUGCUAAGACUGGUGUGUGAUCAAUUUUUCGGACCCCCUACUGGAUUCGUGGAUAUGCUCGUGCAACAUAUUCCCUCUCCCGUGGAAGGCUCUCGGCGAAUGUUGGAACGAUAUUACACCGGUCCCACAGACACCAAGGUUGCGGCAUCCAUGUCCGCGUGCGAUCAGGAUGGACCUUUGGUCGUGCACGUGACAAAGCUCUUCAAUACUGUCGAUGCUAGCGGCUUCAAUUCUUUCGGUCGUAUCAUGAGCGGUACCGCUCGACCUGGGCAGCAAGUCCGAGUCUUGGGAGAAGGCUACACUCCCGAAGACGAGGAGGACAUGGUGAUUGCCACCAUCUCCGAGACCUGGAUCGCCGAGACGUGCUACAACAUCUCCACAGACGGCGUGCCUGCAGGUAACUGGGUUCUCCUGGGCGGUGUCGACAACUCCAUCGUGAAGACGGCAACGCUUGUCCCCUUGAAACUCGAGGAUGAUGAAGAACCAUACAUUUUCCGUCCUAUUCGUCAUAUGACCGAAUCCGUCUUCAAGGUCGCUGUGGAGCCUGUGAACCCCUCCGAACUUCCCAAGAUGCUGGAUGGGUUAAGAAAAGUUAACAAGAGUUAUCCUCUGAUCGCCACAAAGGUGGAAGAGUCCGGAGAGCACAUCGUAUUGGGAACGGGUGAACUCUACAUGGACUGCGUGCUCCAUGACCUUCGACGACUGUAUUCGGAGAUGGAGAUCAAGGUGUCCGACCCGGUGACGCGUUUCUGUGAGACGGUGGUCGAGACGUCGGCUAUCAUGUGUUACUCUAUCACACCCAACAAGAAAAACAAGAUUACCAUGAUCGCCGAGCCACUCGACGAGGGUAUUGCUGAGGAUAUCGAGAGCGGGAAAGUCAGUAUCAAGGAUCCGAUUCGCAAGGUAGCGCGUUACUUUGAGGACAAUUACGAUUGGGACAAGCUUGCGGCCCGCAGCAUAUGGGCGUUUGGUCCGGAGGAGAUGGGGCCCAACAUCCUACAAGAUGACACAUUGCCUUCGCAGGUGGAUAAGAAGCUCCUUGGGACUGUGCGGGACUCGAUCACCCAGGGUUUCAGCUGGGGUACGAGAGAAGGUCCCCUAUGUGAAGAACCUAUCCGAAACACCAAAUUCAGACUCACGGAUGUGUCACUGGCGGAUCAAGCCAUUUAUCGUGGCGGCGGUCAAAUCAUUCCGACUGCCCGUCGAGCCGUGUAUUCCUCGUUCCUGAUGGCCUCCCCCCGGCUCAUGGAGCCCAUCUAUUCAUGCACAAUGACCGGUCCCGCCGACGCGGUUGCCUCGGUAUACACCGUCCUCUCCCGGCGCCGUGGUCACGUCCUGUCGGACGGGCCCAUCGCCGGUACGCCGCUCUACUCCGUUCGGGGACUCAUCCCCGUGAUCGACUCAUUUGGUUUCGAGACCGAUUUACGAAUUCACACACAAGGUCAGGCCAUGGUGAGUCUUGUGUUUGACAAGUGGAGCGUCGUUCCUGGGGAUCCGUUGGAUCGGGACGUCAAGCUGAAGCCUCUGGAGGUGGCGAGUGCCAUGGCCACUGCACGAGACUUUGUGUUGAAGACCCGCCGGCGCAAGGGUCUGGCGGAGGACGUGACGGUCAGUAAGUUUUUGGAACCGGAAUUGUGGAAGGGGUUGCAGGAAAGCGGCGUUUUGGAUUCAUGA